UUGACAUUUUCCAAGAUUGUUUUAUUGCCAUUCCUAUCAAUCAACUUCUCUCAUUCAUGUGUGACUUUGCAAACGUUUGGGUUCCGACUGGAUGACCGCGGGCACCCGUACGUUAAUAUGAUUCAUUAAAUCCCUCAGUGGUUCCCCCCGUUGUGAGCGAAUGGUUUGCUCCAUGAUGAUAGUCGUUGAGUGCUGAGCAGGCUUCCCGGUUCAGUCUGCGUCGCUGCCCUCUGGCUUGUCUGCUUUCUUGCUCGGUCGAUCUCUUUGCGCCCUUUCCCAUUUUUGCUCUCCCUGUCUCUCUCUGUCUCUGAAAUUUUGCUUGGAGCCAUUUUGUAGUCCAGAGUGGGAGCAUCAGGACCGAGCAGCAGUGAUCACUCCAGCGUGUCCACCUGGCUGAGAUUAGACAGAUAUUUCUGGAAGACAACGAGGAGAAAAUGUCUCUUAAGGUUCAGACCAGCAACGUCACCAACAAGAACGAUCCCAAAUCCAUCAACUCGCGCGUGUUCAUCGGGAACCUCAACACGGCGGUGGUGAAGAAGAGCGACGUGGAGACCAUCUUUUCCAAAUACGGCCGCGUGCUGGGAUGCUCCGUACACAAGGGCUACGCCUUCGUCCAGUACGCCAGCGAGAGACACGCCCGCGGCGCCGUCAUCGGAGAGAACGGGCGCGUUCUGGCGGGACAGACGCUAGAUAUAAAUAUGGCGGGUGAACCGAAGCCAAACAGACCAAAGGGACUAAAGAGAUCUGCAGCUGCCCUGUAUAGUGGUUAUGAAUUUGACUAUGACUACUACAGAGAGGAUUUCUAUGACAGGCUGUUUGAGUAUCGAGGGAGAGUGUCUCCAGUUCCGCGGGUCCUCCCAGGAAAGCGCCCCCGUGUGGCCAUGCCCCUGGUGCGCAGGGUGAAGUCGCUGCCAGUCAAACUGCUGUCACGGUCCUCUGUCACGCCCAACUGCCCCGCCAAACAGAAAUCAAUGAGGACGAAUGAGCUGCAGGCCAUCAAGUCAGAGCUGACUCAGAUCAAAUCCAACAUUGAUGCCCUCCUGGGCCGGCUGGAGCAGAUCAGUGAGGGAAACCUCAGCGCCACAGAGCUGCGGAAGUCCGAGGAGAGGAACUGUGAGGUCUCUCAGGACGAAUCCGGAUCGGACACGGAGGACCUAGCGGGCGAGGCACAGCAGAGCGAGGCAGAGGAUGGAGAGGAAGAGGACGAGGGCGUGCAGGAUGAGUGCGAAGAGGACAUGGAAAAUAGCCACCUGUCAGAAAUGGAGUCCAUUCUUCAAUAAAAGGCAACGGGGAGCUGGGGAGGAGCUGUCUGCUGGAAUCCGUUAGCGCGCCGCGGGCAUGGCGGAGGGAGGAGCUGCAGCAGUGGGGGAGCCGUCAGGCCUGGGGUUCAGCCUUCAGUCAGACAGACAGACAGACAGACAGACAGCUGGGAGGAGCCAGCCCGGGGAAGCAGACGAUGUCACCGGUCCUCCCAAUCACUGACUGACACUCACAGGUUAAAUACCCAGGGCCCCAUCGGAUAAACAAAUGCACAACAUCGUGUGAACAAUUCAGCGGCUCGUGGGGUCCAAAUAAAGAAAAAAAGAAAAGAAAAAAAAGUCAAAAAGAACAUUUCAAAGUUUGUAAAAAUCUGUUAAAAGGACUGAUAUUUUGUAUGCUACCAAACCUUCUCUUAAGCACCCCCUUGACUCUCUGUCUCCCCCUCUACUCUGUCAUGUCUUUUGCGGUAUGUUCCUGUUGGUUUAUUUAUAUAUUCCGAUCUUACGUAUACACAGAUGUUAUUUUUAAUUACUCGUGCAUAGUUCUCUGCUUGCACUUUCAAGACUGCGGGAGAUCUCUACGACUGUAAAUACACAAAGUGAACUUGUGGCCUGUCUCUGUAUGACUGGGAGAUGUAAAGAAUUACCAAUCAUUACAUUCUCAUUUGUGUCAUCGCCUCAGUAAUCUAGCCCUGGAUCAAGUCCUCCCACAUGGAUUUAAGUUUUUUUUUAAGUAGGCAGCAUCCACGAUCGCUUCUUUCUAAUAUUUUUUUUAUUAGUUAAUUUGUUCUAUUAAUUUGUUUUACAGAUCACCAAAUCUCUUUGUGUUGUGUUAAAUGAAAGCCAGAUUUUUUAAUAAACCCGGUCAUUAUUCAG